CUAAAAUAUAUAUAUUUAACUUAACAAUGUGAAAAAAGACAAGGGGUCUGAAUACUUUUCGAAGGCACUAUGUUCUGCAGAAAAAAGUAAUCGACUGCCAGUUAAAAUGUGUCUUAUUCGUACCGUUAACUGUAAUCAGUUUAACCCCGUGUUAACCAGCCCACCACACACUAAUAGAGACAACAACUCUGUUGACUUUACCCAAUCCAUUUACCGGUGCGUAUCUGAACAAUAAUAUGUCCUUUACAUUUUCAAUAUUGAGAUUUAAAAAUAAAUGUAAAAAGAUAAUGACAUCAAUUAUUUAAGGAUCGUAUAGGCCUACUCUAGUAGAGGUUUUUAAUUUCAGAGUCCUUUAUCCUUGCCCGACAUUAGGUCUGUUAAUAUUUAUUUGAGUUUUAUCUUGACGUCUAUUAGUUCCGAUUCACAAGUUUACUUCACCCUAAACAUUUCAGUAAGGCCAGAUUGUCUACAUUCUACCCAAAUAUUGAUGGUACAUGUGAUGUGUGUGAAGGCUCCUUGGCAGACUUGAGCCAGAUGUUCUGGGCCUGACCCCGUCUGGCAGACUACUGGUCCACUAUAUUUACCUGUCUGAAGCAUUUGAGUUGCAGCCCAGUGUAGAAAUAUCUAUUUUUGUAGUACCAAAAGACAAUCCUUCCCUGACCAAUAAGACUGCUAGAUUCCAUUGCCUCCCUGUUGGCCUGAGGAAGGAUUCUGGAUUGUAAAUCUGUCAAUCCUCCCUUAGCCUCUCUUUGGCUCAAAGAUUUGAUGUGAUUCCUAAAAUUAGAACAAAUAAAGUAUACUAUUAGAGGGUCAACCAACAAAUUUUAUUCCACCUGGGACACGAUGAUAUCUUAUUUUAAACACCCCCAAAGGCUUUCUCCAGAUUAGUACUCCUGGGCCCCACCCCCACCCAUUGACGUUCCAGCUAUAUGGGCCUAUAAGAUCCCAUUUUUGUUUUCUGAUAUGUCCCUCAAUGACUUUGCCUUUAUUUUUAGAAUGUGUUUGAAGGCAUUCUGGAGGGGGGCGGAUGGGAGGUUGAGGGGAGUCAAAAAUGGGAAACGUACAAUAUCUUAAUCUUUCAUUAACUGUGAAUAAAAAUAUGAUGUAUAAAAAAGGCAACGUGAGAGGAUUAUUUACUGUCAGACAUACUGUGUCGUCCUACUUUGAAGUGUAACCUGGAGUGAAUGAGGAGAAGUCCGGUAGUUUAUUGUUAACAGCCGGAGCUUUAAACUUCUGCAUCCCUUGGAAUCUAGGAUUUAUGAUGAUGAUUGCACAAUGUAAGGACUGAAGUCAUGGCACUGACCCCUCACUUACUUACACCAGCUCACCCUCUCAUACCUUCACACACACUCUCUCGCAUUAACACAUGACCGCUUGCUCUGAGGACUAAUGGAAUGAGAGCUCAGCGUCUCACCAGAUCUCCUCCUUGACUCGCCUCGCUCUGCAGGAAGCUGCCAGUUAUGCAGGACAGGGCAGUUCAGAUCAGCUGGAAUUGGGUCUUCCCUUUGCCUUCUACAGGGGCUUAUGAUUGGCGCCUAUGAGGAAGACACUCCCACAGCUUGGCUAUUAUUAAGUUCCAGGUUCUGUGUGAGACGGCCAACCUCAGACCACCGUUCGCCAGCCAGCCCAACCACUGACACGCAUUUUAACCUUCCACUUCGGUGUCUGGGAGGAGACCUAUAGGUGAGUGUCCACUAACACCGUCCUCAUCCACCCGGGCUGCGCCACCCACGCCCAACCCCACCUCCAUUCCCAGCCCCUCACCCCGCGGCAUCAUGGGGGACGUAGUCCAGAUGCACUUCUCCACGCCGGACUAUGUGAUCUUUGCCCUGCUGCUGGUGGCGUCCACGUGCAUCGGCCUGUUCUACGCCCUGUCCGGCGGGCGCCAGCGCACCACGCAGGAGUUCCUAUUGGCCGACCGUUCUAUGAGCUGCCUGCCCGUGUCGCUCUCGCUGCUCGCCACCUUCCAGUCAGCCGUGGCCAUCCUGGGAGUGCCCUCGGAGAUCUACACCUACGGAACGCAGUACUGGUUCCUGGGAGUCUCCUACUUCCUGGGUCUGCUUGUCCCCGCCCACGUCUUCAUACCUGUCUUCUACAGGCUCCGCCUCACCAGUGCUUAUGAGUAUUUGGAGCUGCGCUUCAAUAAGACGGUUCGCAUCAUGGGCACCGUGACCUUUAUCUUUCAGAUGGUGAUCUAUAUGGGAGUGGUCCUCUAUGCACCAGCACUCGCACUCAAUGCAGUGACUGGAUUUGACCUCUGGGGGGCAGUGCUGGCCAUGGGACUGGUGUGCACCCUAUACACAACAUUAGGAGGGCUGAAGGCAGUCAUCUGGACAGACGUGUUCCAGACCAUUGUGAUGUUUGCUGGCCAACUGGCGGUCAUCAUAGUGGGGGCCCACCAGGCAGGAGGCAUGGGAGAGGUGUGGAGGAAAGCCAUCAACGGCAGCCGCAUCGCAAGUCUGGACCUGAACCCUGACCCGACGGAGAGGCACACGUUCUGGACGCUGGGCGUGGGCGGGGUGUUCCUCAUGCUGGCGCUGUACGGGGUCAACCAGGCCCAGGUCCAGAGGUACCUCAGCUCCCGCACUGAGAGGGAGGCGGUCAUGUCGUGCUACGUGGUGUUUCCCUGCCAGCAGGUGGUGUUGUGUCUGGGCUGUCUGAUGGGCCUGGUGAUGUUUGCUCGCUACGGUGAGGAUAGCCCACUGGAUAAGGGUUACGUCAAAACCAAUGACCAGAUGGUGCUGUACUUUGUGAUGGAUGUGUUCAGGGACCUGCCUGGCCUACCAGGGCUGUUUGUCGCCUGCCUGUUCAGCGGCGCUCUCAGUACCAUCUCAUCAGCGUUUAACUCCCUAGCGACGGUAACCAUGGAGGACCUAAUCAAGCCUUACUGCCCGACCAUGACGGAGGCCAAAGCCACACUGCUCUCCAAAGGCCUGGCGUUUGCCUACGGGCUGGUGUGUCUGGCCAUGGCCUACACCGCGUCUCACAUGGGCUCAGUGCUGCAGGCAGCAUUAAGUAUCUUUGGGAUGGUGGGUGGUCCUCUCCUCGGUCUCUUCUGUCUGGGAAUGUUCUUCCCCUGGGCUAACUCCACUGGUGCGAUAGUAGGGUUGGUGGCAGGCCUGGUUAUGGCCUUCUGGAUUGGCAUUGGGCAUUUCGUGUCCCGUAUGGCGGUGCCCACUACUCUGCCCCCCAUCAUCAACGGCACCGCUAUGCCCCUCCCCAGCAACAUGACCACUGCUGUCAUGACCACCCUGAUUACCUUGAUCACCGCCAAACCAAAGCCUACGGGUGUGCAGGCCCUGUACAAUCUAUCCUAUUUGUGGUACAGUGCCCACAACUCUACCACUGUGGUGAUAGUGGGACUGAUAGUCAGCCUGCUGACUGGUCCUAUGAAGGAGAAGGACCUGACCCCAGGGACGGUGUACCCUGUCCUGGGCAACCUGCUCUUCUUCCUGCCUGAAUGCUACAGGGAGAUACUCUGCUGUGUCACCCCACUGCCACAGAAGCCCAAAGCUAUCGACACGCAUCCUUACCAGAUGGCUCGGAAGGAGAGCAAUGGAGUGUCCCAUCCCAAAGAGGAGGAGAAGACUGAGGAGACGGAGCGGGAGAAGGAUGAGGACGAGGAGACCGCAACCCCUCAGCCUUCCUGCCGGCUGGCUCACACGUUGCAGGAGACGGCCUUGUAGACACCCCCUCCCCCCAACGCACACACACACAGCCCCCAGCCAAGUCCCAGCACUUUCACAAGCCCCCCUACUGCUCAGCUUUCUCUGCCCCAGGGGAGAAGAUCCACAUAGGACCGGAGGGCAAUGGAGACUCAGGGUUCCUGGACAUGACUUCCAUCAAGCGCCACAGGGUCAAUGUGGAGGAACAGGGAGUUUCACCUCUGACCCUUACUUCCUGGAGAAACUGAUACGCCACAAAUCUCUGGUGGUUAAGAGAGUCAGAGCCAGAGUCCUUUGCUAGAUUGAAGAAUGGCGUAAUAAAACGCGGUUAGUGGAUGGGGGUCCAGGGGUAUCUUGAAUUCAUUGGUACCUCAUUAACGAUGGCCCUGGUCAGUUUUCCUGAACUGAAGUAACUGGAAAUCACUAGUUAUGAAACUGGAGUUUUGAGAAGAGCCAAAAUGUCUGAAUCAAUGUGGAUUCCUGGAUGGAGAAAUACUAACGCAACACAAGUGGCAAUCACGCUCCGAGCUGAGGAGAAGUCUCGUCAUUGUUGGACUGAACCAAAGCCUGGACUGUGAUUGUGUCACUCUGUGAUUUUGUCCAAUUAUGAUUGAAGGAUUGUGGCCGCACACGCGCACAAUGAGUUGUUCCAAUGACUGUGAAAAUGGACCCAAGUCUUUCUGUUUAUCAAAGAGAAAUCAGGUAGCGACCAGGCAGUGAAGAGCGAGGUACUUCAGAUGUAACUGUCACUGCAUGUUAUUUUUAUAGAGAAGAUUAAGCAGGUACGUCAGAUGGACUAAGAAUAUUACAAAAUAUUUGAUGUCCCAGUAGACAACUUAAGGCAUAGUGACCGUGUUCUAGGUCCUUUUCACAUAUGACAUUCGGUAUCCUUGAUCGGUUUCCUGAAUUGUGACAAUCUACAAAAUACGUUUUGCUUUCUCAAGAUCUGAAAAUAACCGUUUCCGAAUGUGAUUUGCGAGACACAUUCCACAUGCCGUUAGGAAGCUAGCUUGUUAACAACGGGCAAAAAGUUUCACACGACUCACGCUGCUGCGUCACAAUACCUUGUACUCUGGUCCUGGAACUUGGACCCGCCACUCACCCAGGUCCAGGAUCAGUUUGAGCCAGGGCUCAUUUGCGUUUCACAUGUUUUAUAGCUCGGAUCAGGUACCAAAUGCUCGAGGAUACGGAUCAUACAGAAAUAUGUGAAAGCGCCCUUAAUCGAUAGCUUUGGUUUCUUAGGCUCCGUACGUCUGUUUGCUUUACAUGGCCUUUGUUUAACGUUUGCCUUUCAAGCUGCUAUAGUAAAUGAAUACGUACUUAGAUAAGAGCAGCAUACAGAUCUAUAGAGCACAAGGGAUCACCCUCAUUUGCCAUUUACUGGGAUCAUGUUUUUAGAGAGAGAAAGGCCAUUGAGUCUGCUCUACUUACUUUCAUUGAGACAACCAGACAAACUGUUGGUUUGCUAGUGACAUUAUUGAAUGUAGAAUACCAUGUCCUCUCAAUCCAUCCAUACUGUAGAUCCCAUAGUUGUCAUGAAGUGCCUCAUCAGUAGUUUGUGUUAAAUGUAGUUCUGUUAAUUUGACAACUGAUCGGUGUGUAAUCAGGAUUGUGAUCAAGUAGACUUCGGCUGUAUCGCACAGCUAUAAUGAUUCUCCAUGUGUGUCUUGGAUGUUUCUUAACUUUACGUACAUGACUUUUGGCUCGCCCCCCCCCCCCCCCCACUGCUUUAACAGAGGAUAUUUAUGUCCUGUGACUGACAACGUUGGUGUUUUGAUGAUUUAAGUUGAUGUAUAGAGAUAAUCUAUUUAAUUGUCUGAUCAAAUGGGACAGCAUUGAUUCCUGUUUUAUACUUUAAGUUACACAUUUCAAGUAUCUGUAAUGCUACCCAUCAAAUUAAGUGAAGCCCACCUCAUUCCAGGACAUGUUUCAGGUGAACUUAGUCCGACUUGAACAGAUGUCAACUUACCCAAUGUGGGUUUAUCACUAUGUUCUAGUAAUACUGAAAUACACUCUGAGCACCAUCAAGACCAAUUCUGUUGCUGUUAUCUUUCUCUUAAGUUGGCACGGACAUCUACCUAGAAAAUAUAUGAACUGUAGAGCGACACGUGCAUAUGAAGGCCAAAACAGUUGUAUUGUGUUUGCUUGAAUAUUAAACCCCUACAAAUCACACCAGGAAACUAACUCCAAGAUCGAAUAACACACAAUGUACCCAUGUAAAGAGAACCUGUAAAUCAUGGCCUCUUAAAUGACCAAUCCUGAGUGGUCUGUAACCAUAGCAUCAAUACCAAGUUACUAUGUGUGUUUAGUUUAGGGUACAUUUAGAACGCACUUGGCCAUGAGAGAGAAGCACUUGAUCAUUUCAAACGAUAAUAAAUAUUCUGACUCUAUUUAUUGUCAAUAUUUGUUCUCCCAUUUGUAUGAAUUAUUCCUAGUAUGUAUUCCACAAAACCAUAAGCAGUGGAGUUUGGUCAACUACACUGCUUUGGCUGGCCCUUCAUUUGAUCUCUGUAUUGUAAUCUUUUUUUUAAUGCUGUUGGAUUUCAUGGAUGUUGAUUGGUUCAUCCUACCAGCACACUACACAGGGGCAGCUGUGACAGGUUGGAGUAGAGCUCCAUUCGUUCACCAAACAGAAUGUCUGUGUCCUGUUCAUUAAGUCAAAAUGGGAGUGAACGUUUUCAAAAAGAGACUGAGCUUCCCUAUUGGAAAAGUGGUACCUUUUUCUAUUUUGGACACUACCGAACAUGAAAUGAGUCUUCAAUAGAGGCUAAUUCUGUGUCUGACCACUCUAGUGGUCAUUAUUUCACAACAUUGUCAUGUAUUUGUCCUCUCAAAAUGAAAUGUUUAAGUGAAUGAAUUGUAAGUGGUAAGAUCCGUCGUUGCUCUGUUUUUGAAAAUAAAAUGUUUGAUUGGAUGA